CCAUUUACGCUGUGGCCUCCCAGCGCCCAGUGCCGCCACGCGCUCCUCCCUCCCCCCCUUCAGGCCAACCAUCCCUCGCCGGCGGCCGCCUCCCUCGCCGUGCCGGCCACCGCAGCACUCCGAGGAAAAUGGGAUGGAAGGCGGCGGAGAAGCUUAUCAGGCACUGGAAGAUCCUCCGCGGAGACAACGUGAUGAUCAUCAGAGGAAAGGACAAAGGGGAGACCGGGCUCAUCAAGCGUGUCAUUCGGUCGCAGAAUCGCGUCAUCGUCGAGGGCAAGAACUUGGUUAAGAAACACAUUAAGCAAGGGGAAGGGAACACAGGUGGUAUUUUCUCGAUUGAAGCUCCACUUCAUGUUUCAAAUGUCCAAGUAGUUGAUCCUGUCACAGGGAAAGCAUGUAAGGUUGGAUAUAAGUAUUUGGAAGAUGGGACCAAAGUCAGAUUCGCUAGGGGGAUGAAUGCAUCUGGUGCUGUGAUACCCCGGCCAGAAAUUCUGAAGGAGAGAAAAAAACCGAGACCUACAUCACCUGGCUCAAAGGAUACACCGAUUGAGCUUGUACUGGAGAAAACCUACGAUGAUAAAGCUGGAAUUGGCAUGCCCGAUCUGUAGCUGCCACGUUGGUUGUGCUGGAUUCAGUAUUUGUGACCAUGUCCUAGUUAAGGUUUUAGGGGGGUCAGUGAUUAUGUAUUUAUGUUAGUGGUAUAAUGUGCUUUGCUCAUAAUAAUCAUGUAAUGAUUGAAAAGAGUCAGUACUGGCAUGUUAUCUGUCUUUCAUAUGUCCAAAUGUUUUUUCUGCA